GGCGGGAUAAUAAGAAGUCUUUAUAUUAGUAAAAUAACAAUAAUGGAAGCCAUAUCAAGCAUUACGUCUUACAGUAUUAGACAAUUUCUCCCAUUUAUGUGUGAGAACACCUUUGAAACAACUAGUAAAGCUAUUAUCAGAGAUGAAUUAUUCAAUAAAUUAAUGUCUCCUCAGCAUAAAGCUCCAAGGCAUGAAUCCGAAAUCAAUCACAGUGAAGAGGGACUCGACUGAAGAACUACUGGCUGGAAAGUUGAUGACAAGACCAAGGCUGACCUCGAUCACACAUGCAGCGAGUCCAAGACGCACAGCAUUACCGACUCUCCAAUGAAGGAUGAGAAUUCAGACUCCAAGCCUUUAGUAUUAAGCAGAAAUACUGAAGUUUUUAGUGAGAUUGUUUGGAAAUUCAUCAAUGAAAGAUAUGCCCCAUAUCUUGAAUUACUGAAGCACUGUAAAAUAGAAGCAACUAAAUACGGAGUGUACCUAAGGAACGCUUUCAACGAGUACUUCCCAAACUUGAUCUGCAUGGACUUGAAAUGACUCAGAACCUUCUGUAGUGACAAUAAUUACAAUAAACUAGACAUUCAGGUGCUACACUUUGGAAUAAAAUUGAUGUAUUUUCUCUCGUAUGGACCUGAACAGUGAGCAACUACGAAGAUCAAAGAACUACAGAAGAAGAGAAGAGAGUUAGAUGCACUGUAUAACAAGGUAGUAGUUCUUGUUGAGAUGAGAGAAGACGAUCAAAACAACAAGAGCCAAAGUAUGCAAUAUAUACAGCUUCUAAAUCUUCUAUAUUCUUUGCUGUUCUCUAGUGAAGAAGAAUCCCUAAAAAUCUCUGAACUAGAGAAGGAUGUCAACCUCCCAUCACUGAAAUGAGCGAAGAGUAUCAUUGGGAAUGGUCCUAACUGAAAAAUACUAGACACAGUCUUAGAUAAGAUUGCUGAAGCUACAGCGAAACAGUUGGGAAUGAAAAGAAAAAGAAAUGAAAUGAAUCAAGGAAAAGUCUUCUCGCAGGAUCCAGAAGAAAUGAUCAGAAAUAUUAGAAGGAGAAGAUCCAACAAAACCUUUGUCUCCGAUGCAAGCAUUGGAGGAACCGAUAGUCCCAACUUCCUAAGUAUGGGAGCUAUAGAGCCGAUGAUUACUCUCCCGUCCAAGGAAAACAGAGCUAGAGCAAGUGCAAGCCAAAGUAUAGGAAGCACUCUCAACUUCCACAAGAAGCAGGACAAGAGUAAAAUCAACAAAUACUCUCCCUUCCAGAUGAGAGAGAAAGAUAUUCAAACUAAGAGGAAGAGUAAGGGAUUUGCAAGGAAAACCGGUGGCUCAAAUUCCUUCUUGUCAAGCAACACUCAACAGAAGACUAAAAUGGCUAUUAAGAAAGGAAAUAGGAAGACCAGUAGUAAGAGACAAACUAAGAAAAAGACUUAUGGAGCUCUUGAGCUUGUCUCAAGAGCUUCGGAGAAUUUCCAAAAGGCUGAGUCAGAAAUUAAGUCAAAUUGAUUCUCUAAUUCUUUUGAGAAAAUCUAUUCAAAAGAAUCUAGAGAACCAAAUUUGGCCUGUCUGACUCAGAGUCCUGAUUUAAUGCAGACGCAAACUCAAGAAGAUAAUGGAAGGCUGGAAAGAAUACCAGAGAAAAUUCCUGAAGAAAGUAACUUCAGUAGUGAGAAAUUUCAGACUCCUCAGAAGAAAGAAGCAGACAAAGUACUGGUUUUGAACACACCAACGAAAUCUGAGUUAGAAUCUAAGAAAGAUCUUGACUUAGAAUUUGAUUUCUAAUUUUCAACAGUAAUCAGGAGGUCUUUCAGUCUGUACAGACUGUGGGCGUCUCUCCUUCAUGGUGUAGUAAAUCAUGGUUAAGGUAAUAGUUUUUGAAUUAUACUU